AAAAGACCCUAUUCCUCUCUCUCUCUCUCUCUCUCUCCAAUCGAUGGCUUCUUCCUCUUCAACCCAAACCAAUCACCAACUCCUCCUUUCCUCCUCAUACACGGCCACACCAGCUCCACCACCCACCCCUUCCAACCAAAACCUCCCUUCCUCCACCGCCUCCGAUGCUCUCUCCCGCCUCCUCCACCACCACCUCCUCCCACCUCCCCUCCUCUCUCUCCCCUCCCGCCUCCGCCCUUCCCCUCCUCUCCCUCGCUUCUCCUUCCACCCCAACCUCACCCAAUCCCUCUCCACCACGUGUCCUCCUCCCUUCUUCCAGCUCACCCACCACCCCAUCCCCUCCCACCUCCCCAAAUCCGCCGACCUCCACUCCCUCUCCCUCUUCCCUCCUUCCCACCAAUCCCCUCCCGACACGUGGCCUCUCGGACACGACGCAGAUGGACGGUCCUUCUGCUUCGACCCCGCCUCCUCAUCCUCUCCCUCCCUCUCCUCCCUCACAGAACUCGCGGAAUCUCUCGAGAAGGUCGGCCUCGAGGUCGUCGAGGCGCUAUCGUGCGCCGUGGGAUUCGAUAACCCGCUGCGGGAGAAGGGAAGGGCUUGCUCAUUGAUGUGGGUGUCGUUACCCAACGGACCCGAAGACGACGAGGAUGGGAGCGCGAAAGCGGGUCUGAAUCCGGGUCGGGUUUAUCCGUACGUAGUCGGGUUGCAGUAUCAGGUUCGGCGGAGGAAGUACUCGCUGCUGGCUGACUCGGGUUGGGUUUCUGUCGAACCGGAAGUCGAUUCGGUACUCGUCACCAUCGGCGACAUUGCGCAAGUUUGGAGCAAUGGGAAGUUGAAGAAGGUGAGAGGGAGACCGGUGGCGAAUUUGGGGAAGGAGGAGAGUGUAGGAUCCUCUUCUUCAUCUUGUGUAUCCAUGUGUUUGCUGGUGACUUUGUCGAUGGACAACAUCAUUUCCCCACUUGUUCCAUUGGCUGCGAUGAUGUUGGAAGAUAGCCAAGGAAAGGAUGGCGAUGGUGAUGGUGAUGGUGAUGGUGACAAGACAAUCAACAAGUUUUGUGCAUUUUCUUUUGAGGAAUAUGCAUGGAGAGUCUACCAUGAGCGUUUUCAUUUCAAAGAUCCACUGGAUAGAUACCGCCUGUGAUGCCAUACUUGGCUUUUGAGUGUUAUAUCUUGAUUAAGGACUGCUACAUUGAUUUGUGCAAGGAGAGAUCAAGGAUGCGAAUCGCAGCACAGAAGCCAACAUUAGACGUGUGCUAGAACCAGGCCAGAACAUUAGGUGGGGCCAACUAGAACAUGCCCAGGUAUGUAAAUCAGGCCAAUACACUCAUGGGUGGGCCACAUUCAUUGAAAGAAAAUCAUCAUCGGCCUAUAUUCAGUGACAUGUAUGGCUUUUCUGAUGAGUGGACCAGCUCUGGACUGGAUCUUCAUGUGUAUGCCAUUUUGGACGUGCUGCAAGCAACACACCCGUUUGAUUGCUCCUAGGGCAAAUCACUUAGGGUCUCUCAUCUUUAUUUUAUGGUGAUUUUAUAGUGUUGGGUGGGAUAUGUUGUAUUUGUUUUGUACACAUUUUGAAGAAGAGAAGGAAACCCCUUGGUGUUUGGCAAACAGAGUUUUCACUUGGGCUAGCUUUCUUGUGAUUAGGUCCCAUCAUUAGGUGAUCUAGGCAGUUUCAUUUGGUGGGGCCUCCAUUAGAUGUGUCAUGUACCGAAAAUCUCCUCUCUUGGACAAUCUCAAUGCUUCAAAGGAUAUUUCUUAACCAA